UACAGUCACGUGUUGGAAACAAUAGCCACAACGCCUUCAGUUCAGUGAAGCAUGACUGUUCAGAUCAAAUGUUGGGAGAUUUUUGUGUACACUGUGCAAGUCGAUCACUUUAAAUGGAUUUUUAUAACAAAAACAUCGGCGUAGAUUGACAGAGUGGGAUUGCUCUCCUUUAAAAACAAAUUACAGCCCAUAUGUUUGGCCAUCACUGACAUUUGAGGUUUCCUUGGAAAUACUGCUGAAACGGAUCUGGAAGUGUGAACAACACUGUUCGCUAUGACGAUGUUUGAGAAAGAUGAUUUUCUAAUGGAGCGAGGAUGUGUGUGCGCUUCACAGCUUUCAUUAUGACAUACUGGAGUUGACCGAUGGUCAAUAUGAUUACAGAAUGGAGUCAGAUUGAAGUAGAGUCCAAUGACGACACCAGCGCUCCUACCAAGUUUUGACCAUCUCGUGUCGAUGGCGGAAAAACAUCUUGAUCCGCUUCUGGAAUCCUUCUGGCGGAAAUUCCCUUGUCCUCCGCCAUGGAAGCCCAGCCUGUUGGAGAAAGUCAACUGGACUGGGUGUGUGGGCGAGAGUGUGGGGCAGCAGCUGAAGAUGUUUAUGGUUGACAAGUGUAGGCUAGACUUUGGUCACGACAACGCCUCUGACGGGACCGAUGACGACCUUGGCGAGGAAAUGGCUCCUGACCCCUGUGAUAUCUCAUGCAAGGUCAUGGUCGUGAUGGCCUGUCUGCUUGUGUCGAUCUGCUUUACGGCAGGUGUCGUCUACUUUUGCCGCAGACGUGUCUCUAUAAAAGCCCGCGCCACUGACCGAGACAGCCAGGAGUCGAUCCAGUCGGAGCAGACGGACGUUAGACCGUACUCCAGCUGUCACUACGCCUCAGCACCUGUGAUUGACAGGAUAGAAGGGGAUACUUCAGCCAUACGUCUGGGUGACUUGAUGAUCAGUCAACCCGUGUGUGAACUUCCACCGAGUUUCUUCCCUUCCGCCGUCCUGUGGCCGCAGCAGCAGCAGCAGCUGCAGCAGCAGCAGCAGGAGCAGCAGCAGCAGCCUCGCAGUAGAAAUGUCGACCUUGCCAAAAGGGAGCUUCCCGCUAUACCACACAUCUGUGACGACGUCGGCCACUACUACACCGAGUCCUCACACCCGUACGAAUACAUCGACGACUCGGACUCGGUGGGAGACAGACGGUUCAACAACUCCAGAGACGGGCACCACUUCUGUACCUGCGACUACGCCGGAUACGGAAGUUCCGAAAGUAAUAACAGUGACCCGGAUGCGCUACGGAUUCCUUUGAGAAGUGCGCAGAGGCGGAGUGUUUUAAAUGAAUCUGUUCCACAGAGGAAUUACAUACUGCAGCCCAAUUUACUGGAUUUGAACUCGGUUGUGCCGAUGCCUCGAGAACGUACUUCGAGACACAUAUUUUACGAAGACGAUAGAGAUAGUUCCCCCCAUGCUGAACAUCGCUGUACCAGUUUUGUGCCAGCUCCUUCUAUUCCACCGUCAGUGCCACCAAGACAAGCGAGGUCUAAAAACUAUACGAGUCAUUAUGAUGACGAUUUCAAAGAUUGUGAUUUCAUCAAACCGCGUGAGAAUGACAGCAGGGGAGGAAGAGGUGAUACGGAAACCCCAAAGACAAACAACAUGGUUGACAACCUCUUGUGGUUGGAUGACGAGUUGCAGUUUGACACUACACACAGACGAUCUGUUAACCUAAUGCCGGCUCAGUAUUUAUGACACAUGACUGACAAAACUGUAUAUCUUGACAUAUUUGCUCAAAUUAUUCAUGUGUCAGUUAAAACAAUAUGUGAAAUUGUAAAUGUUUGUUUUGAAUACCAGUUCGCCUUAAUAUAAUAGCAUACAACAUUGCGGUGAAAUUAAAACGACCAAACUGUUAAUUUGUCUUGUCAUAUCUCAGCACAAAAAAGUGUAGGGUAUACCUUUACAUGAUCAAGAAUCCAUCAUCUUUCUAUAUCAUUGUCGACAGGUUGUUUUUUAAACAGUAUAAUACAAAUCUCUUGUUGCUGCCAAAAUCGAUUGAUUGCUAGUCCUGGUCAGAUGGAAUCAUUUUAUGAACGUGGAAUACAAUAUGCUGUUAAUAAAACUUCUGUUGCAUAAAGCCAUAUCUCCUUUUUCACAUUGACGGAUUAGUGUGUGGAAUUCAAGAUAGUGAUAACAUAAUCAUUAUUUUCCGAAAGAUUCUGCUUAUCUUGUCCUGUUUAUACGGCUAGAAUUAAAGAAACAACUCCUGUGAAUGUCAAAGGAAACAUACUGGGAAUUUGAGAGUUUUAUUAAAUAUUGGAAUGUGCAGUGGAACACGGAAAUUGUUGUUGAAUAUCGGGCUAGAGAUUUUUAAAGCUAUCUUAGCGCUACGAAAUCGAAAAACCAUCGUAGGCCUUAUUAUGACUUUACUGCAGAAUGCGAAACAGUGACGUCAUAGCUUACGAUUGUGUUACGAUUUCAUAGCGCUGAGACAACUUCGAAACUAUGGGCCCAGAUUCAUAGAGCAUUACAGUUUUCAAUAAUAAUACACUUUGAAGAAUAUGUCUUCGCUGUAAGACGUAACUUCAUUCAUACAGUGCCAAA